CGGGUAGAGCAGACACGCCCGGCACCCCGCCCCGCUACCGGCUGGCUGCGACCGCGCGCUGCUGGCGGUCCCCCAGGCAACUCGGCGUCACGGGAACCGGCACCCCGAGACCCUCGCCCUGCCCUCUCUCCGCGUCCCCAGGGCCCAGGCCAGUCCCAACAACCUCUCCCUUCUCUGAGCGCCUCGGCCCCUUCGGGCCUCCAGCACAAGCUAACUAGGCCCCCUCGGGGUCCCCGGGGCCGCGCGGCCCCCCUCCCGCGGGGCCCGCAAAAUCUCCUCUUGUUUACUGGGCCGGAGAGGUCCCCGCUGGGACUCCCUUCCCUAUUCUGCGGUUACUGUUCUGCAGAUUCCUGGAGCCGGAGGGGAAGGGGAGGCAACCCGCCGAUCCACCCCAGGGCAGGGAGUGGGGGUGGGGCGCGAGGGACCCCGAAGUCGUGGCAAGGUCCCCGGGCCGCGGGAGGGGCAGGACUCAGAGUCCAGGCCAACGCGUCCCGGAGCGCAGACCGCGGGGGCCGGCUUGAACACUGUACCUCGGGGAACAGAACCGUGAAGGCUAAUUAGGACAAGUUGGAACAGGGAACGGGGACGCGGGGAGGGGAGCGCGAGCUCCGAGUUGGGCCCUGUCUAGGGCGGUCUACAGGAAACCCGGGCACGGGUCGGUCGGACCCAGGGCGACCUUUGGCCACGGUCCGGAGUGGUCCUGGACUGGGCCCCCGGCGUACAGGGCUCGUGCGGUGGCGUUCUCACGUACGUUUUGGAGGCUGGGAUCCCGGGGAAGAAGCACGCGUGCAAGAGGCGGACACUCGGUGUGUGGCGUGUCCACGUGUGCAAGCUCGGGAAGGGAGGGGGCGCCGAGGGCGUGACAAAAGCGGCCUCUGUGUGCGCCUCGCUCCGUGCCGGAGAAGCGAACUGGGCCCGCCGUGUGCCUCACGGGAGAGCCAGGACGGACGUGACUAACGCUGGGUGUCCGACACGGAGAGCCACGCCAAGGUAGCCCCCGCGCGUGCCCGAGCGCGCGCGCUGGGAGAUAGUGGGUGUGCUGGGCUGCACCCCAAACCGCUUCCCGGAGAGAAAGCCGAGUCCACAAAGUGAGUGCGCGUGAGUGCGCGCGCCCGUGUGCGGGGGCGUGGCAGUAAACAGCGACAACCCGCGGGCCCGCUUCGCCAGAAACUCCGGAAAGUGCGACUCGGCCGAGGCUGGAGGGACCCAGCUGGAGCCUGGCCUGGGAGCCAGGAUGGCCAUCCACAAAGCCUUGCUGAUGUGCCUAGGACUGCCUCUCUUCCUAUUCCCAGGGGCCCAGGCCCAGAACCAUGCCCCACCCGGCUGCAGCCCAGACCUCAACCCUCUCUACUACAACCUGUGUGACCGCUCUGAGGCUUGGGGCAUUGUCUUGGAGGCGGUGGCUGGGGCAGGCAUCGUCACCACCUUUGUGCUCACCAUCAUCCUGGUGGCCAGCCUCCCCUUUGUGCAGGACACCAAGAAGCGGAGCCUUCUGGGGACCCAGGUGUUCUUCCUCUUGGGGACCCUGGGCCUUUUCUGCCUUGUGUUUGCCUGCGUGGUGAAGCCUGACUUCUCCACCUGCGCCUCUCGGAGGUUCCUCUUUGGGGUCCUAUUUGCCAUCUGCUUCUCCUGCCUGGUGGCCCAUGUCUUUGCUCUCAACUUCCUGGCCCGAAAAAACCAUGGGCCCCGGGGUUGGGUGAUCUUCACCGUGGCUCUGCUGCUGACUCUUGUGGAGGUCAUCAUCAACACAGAGUGGUUGAUCAUUACCCUGGUCCGGGGUGGUGGUGAGGGUGGCCCUUGGGGCAAUGGCAGUGCCAGCUGGGCCAUGGCCUCCCCCUGUGCCAUCGCCAACAUGGACUUUGUCAUGGCACUCAUCUACGUCAUGCUGUUGCUGCUGGGCGCCUUCAUGGGGGCCUGGCCCGUGCUGUGUGGCCGCUUCAAGCGUUGGCGUAAGCACGGGGUCUUCAUGUUGCUCACCACGGCCACAUCCAUCGCCAUCUGGGUGGUGUGGAUCGUCAUGUAUACCUACGGCAACAAGCAGCACCACAGCCCCACCUGGGAUGACCCCACGCUGGCCAUCGCCCUCGCUGCGAAUGCCUGGGCCUUUGUCCUCUUCUAUGUCAUCCCUGAGGUCACCCAGGUGACUAAGGCCAGCCCAGAGCAAAGCUACCAGGGGGACAUGUACCCCACCCGGGGCGUGGGGUAUGAGACCAUCCUGAAAGAGCAGAAGGGCCAGAGCAUGUUCGUGGAGAACAAGGCAUUUUCUAUGGAUGAGCCAGCCUCAGCUAAGAGACCAGUGUCACCAUACAGUGGGUACAAUGGGCAGCUGCUGACCAGUGUGUACCAGCCCACCGAGAUGGCCCUGAUGCACAAAGGCCCGUCUGAAGGAGCUUAUGACGUCAUCCUCCCACGGGCCACAGCUAACAGCCAGGUGAUGGGCAGUGCCAACUCCACCCUGCGGGCUGAAGACAUGUACGUGGCCCAGAGCCACCAGGUGGCCGCUCUGCCCAAAGACGGCAAGAACUCUCAGGCUCAGUCCCCGCAAAAUAAAACGCGAUGGUAGAUGCCCUCUUUCCUGGACUGCACGUCGUUCUGAUGUCCUCAUUCCUCUGUACUCAGUCUGGGCAGGGCCCAGCACCUUUCCCGCCCUUGUCAUUGGAGCAGGGAGGGACUGGAGGCCACCGACCUGAAGCUGUGGACUGAAUGGGGGACGCUGCAAAGCCCCGAGGCAUGUGGCGGGGGCUCUUAGGACCAACCCUCUUCCUGCCCAACACAACCUCUCCUGGUCCCCAGGUGACUGCGGCUGCAAGGAGCUGUCUGCAGACACCCAGCCUGCCUCCAUCUCCCCUCCUUAACACUCUCCCUCGCCAAAUCACAGCCCCUGGGUCCCCAUACUGUGGUUCUCCACAGAUCCUCCUCCCUACUGUGAACAACAGGCCCCAGUUGCCCCUGUCUCGACACUGUGGACCUUCCCAGCCUGGCCAUCUUUUGGUGUCCAGCAGCAGCUUGCCCCACUCUGUACCUAGUGGAUCUUCUCUAUGAGCCUUUGGAGCCAAGCCAUGGCAGAAGAUGGCCCUUGCCCUUCUCACCAGGGCCUCCUGCCACCACCUAGACUGUGGAAAGCCAUCGAGCUGGGGCAGAGCUCAGCCCGAGGCCUGGACAGACUCUGCUUCUCUUUAUGGCCCAUGGGUUCUGGAUCUGAGUCCCUUUGCACCAUGACCUCAAACCUCACCCACCCUCAAUGAACUGGGUCCUACCGAGAGACCAGCCCUGUCCUCUGCUUCCAACUGCCCCUCACCAUCUGGGAUGGGGACUCCCACACUGGUCACAACCAGGAAAGCUCUCCUCGUCCAGCACUACCUCAUGGAGAACUCUAUAAAGGAGUGGGGGAGUUGGCAGGACACAGGGGCAUUUGGGGCUUGGCACCAUUUACCUGCCUGCAAAACUCCUAGAGCCUCUUUUCCCCUCCAAAACUGGCUUUUGGCUUCUGAACCAGUUCAGAAGAUGGCUCCUGGGGCAGCUGCAGGUGUAAAUGCCCCUGAAUUACCUGGAUCUCACAGGUUCUGGCCAUGCAGCAGGGACCUACUGUGGCUACCUGGACAUCUCUGGUCAGGGCCUAGAAGCACCCUUAGGAUUCUCAGGGUGGAGGUCAGAAUUGCAUUCUCAGGAACAAGUUAAGAGUCCUGGACCAGAAGAGUUGGGGUCUAGGCCUCUCCAUGACUGAGACUGUGGGACUUGGGGAGGCCCCUUAGGUAAGUGUGAUCCAGGACUGAAGAUGUGCCCAUUCCUGGUGGAUGGGCGGAUGUAUGUUUCUCCCUCUCCUUGAGCAGCAGACAUUCUUAGGGCAUCUGGAUGUGCUGGCACUGUUUUCAUCUCCGGAGGAGCCGCUCAUGUCCUUGGCCUUAGGACAUGUUCCAGAGGGUCCUGUCAGCCACCCAGGGAAGAGUGGGGCGUUGUCAGGACCUGCAUGGUGCUGGCACCAACGGUAGAGAUGGGCACAGCUCCAGACUCGUGGGAAUGAGAUCUCUGCAGCAUCCUCUUCCCUGGCUUUGUCCUGCCCUUGGGACUCUUUAUCUAAGGGGGUCCUCUCCAAGUGUGCCCCGGGAGCUCAGUCCUCAGCCCAGCAUCACUGAGUGCCAAGGUGCAGGGUGAGGACAAGAGGAGCUCCCUGAGGAGGUGCCCUGUAGGCAGUCGCACAGGUCUCCAACACCACCCUCCUGUCCCUAGCAGCCUGUGCCUUUGUCACUAGAGUUUUUUUCUAGAGAUAAAUUGAGUGAACAGUCCCCGCAGAGUAGGACUGUAUCCCCUAGGACUCCUGCACCUUCACUUCUUUAUUGUGUCAGGUUGCAGGAACCCUGGCAGUGCCAGGUGGCCAGGGGCUGCAGCCUGCAGUGAACGUGGAUUGUUUUAUAGCUUGAUCCCUCUGGGGUCUGCUGGUGAGGCUUGGGGAGGGAUGAGCUUCUGAAAGAAGCCUAUUUGCUGGGAUUCAGGGGUAUCUAGUGGCCCUGCUUAUUACUCUGAUCCUUGGCCACCUAGAGGAGAAGAUAGAUGUGUUUUUAGAAGGAGAGAGGUUCCUUCAUUGCGGUGGUCAAGCUGCUUCGCAAACAUGCCUUGAAUGGAAGAAAACUAGGCCAGAAGUCGCUGCAGGUUCACCAUCGGGCCAACACCUUGGUGAAUUUCACACCCACCACUGUCAAACUGCGGAGCUUGAAGCAAAGGAGUUUGGGCUUAAUAACUGUGCUCAGAAUUAAAUGACCUUAUCCUCUGUUCUUGCUGCCACUGAAUUCCUGUGUGUUCAUGAAUUUUUUUUAGGAUUUAU